AUGAGAUCAUCCCCCAGUGGAUGCUGGACAUGCAAACUCAGACAUCGGAAAUGCGACCUCCGAAUCCCUGUGUGUAGGGAGUGCACUGAUCGACGCCUUCCGUGCCAUGGCUACGGCCACAAGCCUGCCUGGAUGGACGGAUCAGCUGCCGAGCAACAAGAGCUUGAGCGAACAAAAAAAGCUGUCAAACUGUAUCUUAAGAAGCUCCGGAGGGGUCAUAGGAACGAUAGCCUUAGACGAGGUGCAACAGUCCGAUCAUCGCCUGAGCGACGGACCCUGGUCCAGACACCGCCAGCUCCAUGUGCGACUGAACUUUCAAGUCCGUCGGUACCAGAGCGAGCUUUACAUCAUGGAUAUGAUAACUUUGAAUCCCCAGAAACGCUUGUCGAAGCCGGGAGUGACCUUCCACCAACGCGAAACCCAAUUCAGGAGUCAGAAGUGACACAACCAUCCUUGGCACCACAGGAACCCCAUCCGCCUUGCGUCUUUUCACCCAGGUUGGCAUCUCUAAUCAUGUACUAUCUCGACCAUGUGUUUAUAUGGCAGUUCCCCUACUACCAGCUCCGGUCUUGCUUGGGCAACAGAGGCUGGCUUCUCACAUGUCUCAGCAACGGCGGCUCGCUGUCGCACGCUGCGCUUGCACUGUCCACCUUGCAUCGAGAUGCUUCACAGAAGAGGUGCUCUUAUAACCAGGAAGCAUUUGAGUUUCAUUCAAAGGCCCUGAGAGAGCUGCGUAAUCUCUCGCAACAUACUGAGACCGAGACACUUCUUAACGAUCCGGCUAAGCUUGCGGAGUUUAUAGCAGCGAGUUUGACAUUGAUUAGCUUCGAGGUGUUCAAUGGAGCUGAGUACGAUUGGGUUCCGCAUCUCGACGCCGUCACGGCUGUCCUCGCUAUGCAUUCACCGGGCGCCUUGCUUCGGCCUUCAUCUUUACCAGAAAAUGAUUUGCCUUCUCCGAUCAAUACCUCGGUUGAUGAUGAUCCUGAAUUGCAAGCAGAUUUCAACUUUCUCGUGGCUGAAGCGUUAUGGCAUGACAUAUUGGCGUGUGCAACAACGGGGCGUGUCCCACGAAUCCCUUAUCGGCAAUGGCUAGAAGGCUCAAGUAUCGUAAUGGUUGACCUGAUGGGCUGUUACAACUGGGUCAUGAUUGCAAUUGGAGAUUUGGCACAUCUCAAUGCCUGGAAAAAGGAUAUGAAGCAGAAAGGGACCUUGAGCGUGCCGGACUUAGUGAGGAGGGGUCAAAAAAUAGAGAAGGAACUACAAGACGGCAUCGCCGAACUGAAACGAGCUGCAAAGGCAGGAGGCGAUAUUCGAGGCAAUGUUUCACCGGCUCCCUACGUCUCGCAUAUUUUCGCACUUGCAUCAUUAGUUUUGUCGAGCACAAUAGUCUCGGGUCCCUGGGCAUCUCUUCCCGAAGUCAAGGACGCGGUUUUAGCGUCAGUCGACGUGCUGAGGAACUGGCCCCAAUCCGUUCCUCUCCGGGGACUUGUCUGGCCACUUUACAUUAUUGGAUGCAUGGCCGAGGCUAACCUGCAGGAUUUUUUCGAGUCACUUCUAUGUAGAAUUCGGGAAGAGAGUGGAGGGUUUGGAAAUAGUGGUACUGUCAUUAAACUCCUGAAGAGCCGUUGGGCCGCCCCGCCUAUUCGUAAUGAUGAUGGGCUGGAAUUGGUGUUCCAAACAGGAGGCAAUGUGUUGCUUACCUAG